GCCCAGUGACCAGAGCUGCCUCUGGGCAGGAAGCCAGGCCAGCAAGCCCAGGACAUCCCCGAGCGCCUGUCACCAUGGCAACCCGGGCUCUGGACUCCCCCCUCCCCACAUCCAGUUCGUUUCUCAAAGGCCGACUUCAAGGCGAGGAGGGCCAGCCCCUUGCCUGCUCCCGACUGGGGAAGGGAGGGGGACCUGUUGAUGCAGGAGCUGACACCCCCACCUGUGGCGCCCCUCCCUACCCACCCCCACUUCCUCGCCCGCACCUCUGCUGUGUGCCCGGGGCCGGAGGGGGUCUGCAGCCUUCCUGCCCCACCCGCAGUGUGAAUGCGGACGAGUGGCACAGGAAUCCGACACCCAUGAUGAAUUAAUGAUGCCCGCUAGCCCGCCCGCGCCGACGCUCGCCGCCGCCGCUCCUGAGCGCCACCUGGCUGGCCAGGGGCAUCACCCGGCUCCCCUGGGCGGCCGCAGCCGCGCGCGAGGGCGCCGCGAAGAUGGCGCGGCCGUGGCCCGGCACGGGGCCCCUCUGGGCGCUGGGCGGCACGGCGCUGGGGAUCUGCCUCGCGGGGGUCGCCGGGCAGCUGGUGGAGCCCAGCACAGCUCCGCCCAAGCCCAAGCCGCCCCCGCUGACCAAGGAGACGGUGGUAUUCUGGGACAUGCGCCUGUGGCACGUGGUGGGCAUCUUUUCCCUCUUCGUGUUGUCCAUCAUUAUCACCCUGUGCUGCAUCUUCAACUGCCGUGUGCCACGUACCCGGAAGGAGAUUGAAGCCCGCUACCUGCAGCGGAAGGCGGCCAAGAUGUACACGGACAAGCUGGAGACCGUGCCGCCACUCAAUGAACUCACGGAGAUCCCGGGAGAGGAGAAGAAGAAGAAGAAGAAGGACAGUGUGGACACAGUGGCCAUCAAGGUAGAAGAGGAUGAGAAGAAUGAGGCCAAGAAGAAGAAAGGGGAGAAGUGACAGUGUGUCCUGCAGGUGGCAGCAGGGCUGGCUGGCCCUGGAGCUCAGUCCGCAUGCCAGCUCCCAGCUCAGACAUGGCCCCCAGCGGGCCAGAGGUGGAAGCCCACAGCUGUGUCCUCGGAGCCCAGCAGGCGUCUGCCCGAACCCCGCUGCUCUCAUGCCCUCUUGUGGGCACUCUGCUCGGCAAAGGGGUCCCCGUGCCAUUGUCGCCAUUGUCCCUCUGCAGAGCACACUACUACAUUCCUCACCCAGACGGGCCUCUGCCCAGCCUUUCUGCAAGGGACAGCAGUGGCUGUGAUCGAGUGGCCCAGUGUGGGGCUCUGAGGUUGCCCCCAGCUGACUGUGAGCGGGAAGAACUGGGACAGCAGGGACAGAGGCCUCCAGCCGGGCCAGACAGCUACCAGGAGACUGCCCGCUCCUGGCCGGGGUGCCAGCCCAGAGGAGCCAGAGGAAGGCUGUAGGAGCAGGGAAGAAGCAGGGGCCUGGGCCUGCUGGCCUGCAUUCAGGGGGCCCUGCGGCUGUCCCCACGGCCCUGUCCAUACCCGCUGGGGUCUCUGCCCAGGCUGGCAUCCAUACAUCUUCCGCCUACUGAAUAAAACAGCACACAGCUUC